AUGUUAUCUUCUUUAAGAUCCUAUAUUGCUGGGCAGCUUUUUACGGAAGAGCAAGACUCAGAACAUUCACAGAAAGAUAAAAGGUCAAAUAAUGUCACCUCUCAGGGGUCAACUGAGCUUUCUGCUAACGACGAUAAUGACAACUUCGUUAGUAGUUUAAAAGGCUUCCUAUCAUUUGCUAGUGAAUCAUCAGCGAAAAUAGCAGUUGAGUUAAAAAGAAAUGCCAAACACUUAUCCGAAAAGAUCGAUAUAUCUAAACCACUUGCUGAAUUCGAUCGAGCUUAUGCUGAUUUUGUGGCUGAAAGGAAUAAAGUUGUAUCUGGAGAACCCUCCCUUUCGACUAGUAUUCUCUAUUCCGCCGGUGAGAAUGAACCCGAGCUAGACGAAGAAUCUCAUAAACGCAUUAAGGAAGAGAUAUUAAGACUCUCUUUAGAUGAGCAAAAUUUUAUACGUCCACCUCCCCACGGUUCCUAUUUUCGAUGGUCUCCCCAAAUAUCAGCACUUCAUAUGCCAUUGGCAAAGGCUUUGCUUGACGAGGACGGUAAUCUCUCCUCCAUGAGGUUUAAGCUAGUUCCGAGAAGAAUGAAGGAAGAUGAUUUUUGGCGAAACUACUUCUACCGUAUUUCCCUUAUUCGACAAAGUGAAAAUUUACCCGGUGAAAUACACUUUCCUAAUGCUUCUAAUGAAGAGAACGAAUCAAAGACGAAUUCAACUCUAUCGAGUGAAAAUACUAAGGUAGAUAUACCCAAAGAUGACGACUUGGAACAGAACCAAUCUUCUACAAUGUCUUCCGCCGUCAUAAGUCUUUCCUCAGAUGACAUCUUAGCUGCACUAUUGUCGGAAGAUGUCGAAAUUACGGAUGAAAUUGACGAAGAACUAGAGAAAGAAAUCCUUGCCGAAUUAGAUUGUCUAGAAGGAAAAGAUGACCCAGUUCCGACAUAA